AUGGCUCGCGUGCUGAAGCUUUCUGAAGUGAAGGAGCUUGUCCUCGGUAAGAGGACGCUCGUUACCGUGGAUGCGAACGACUCGUUAACAACGGCGCUGAAGCUGUUCCAAGAGCACCACGUGACGUCGAUGCCCGUGCGCAACCGGCGCCUCUCUGCACCGCACCAAACCGAAAAGCCAUCGCUCAAGAAGCCCCAAGCGCUUCAGUCCAUCAUGGUGCAUCCGUCGCCCAUGCGAUUCGUCGGCAUGCUGUCGGUGGUGGACGUGGCGAUAUUCCUCGCGGAGUGGGAUGGUAACAAGGGCGCGCGUGGCGACGACGGCGAAAUGGUGGCGAAGACCCUGGGCGACGUGAAGGUCGCUGACGUCAUGGGCAAGUCCGAGGAGACACGUCAGAUGGUCGUCGUGGAUCCCCAUGCCAGUGUGUGGCAGGCGAUGCUGCUGCUAGGCGCGGGCGGUUUCCACCGCGGCCUCGUGCCCAACAUCUGCCCGGGCGAAAACGAGCUGCUCCCUCUCACCGAACCUCCCCCCAAGCCCGCCACCCUGGCGGAGAGGCGCGCAGAGAAGGAGGAGAAGGGGGAGGAGGGGGAGGGGGAGGAGGGAGCAGGAUUGGCGGUGGCGCCGGCGCCCCCGAUGCCCCUGGCGGUGCACAGCGAGGUGACGGGGGGCGUGGUGGGGGAGGAGUACCGCGUGCUGUCCCAGAUGGACGUCGCUGCGUUCCUGCUGUCGCAUGAAGGGUUGAUGGGACUCGCGCUGGCGAAGAGAGUUGACGAUUUGGGACUGGUGUGGCCACUGGUGGUGACCAUAACGCCCUCUGACACUCUGCUGCACGCCUUCCGUCUUUUCAGGCGCCACCAGGUCACCGCGCUGCCUGUGGUGGCUGCACAUGCGUCCGAACCCCACGCAGGCUUUCACGCGUGCGAGGAGGUCUUGAUCGACACUCUCUCUGCUUCUGACGUGCGCUGCAUUCACGUGCUGGAAGGGGGUGUGGAGGGGAAGAAGGGGCACGAGGGGUUGAAGGAGGAGAAGAAAGAGGGGAAGAAGGAAGAGGGGAAGGGGAAGCACGGGAAGAAGGGGAAGGAGAGGAAGGGACACCAUGCGAAGAAGACUGCGGUGCGGGUGGGUGAGGAGGAGUUUGAAGACCUGGGGGAGGUGACCGUGGGUCAGUUCCUGAGCGCUGUCAGGACGACACAGAACCGCCACCUCAUCACCUGCACCCGCAACACGAGCCUGAGGCGUGUGCUGCACCGCAUGGUGAGGGAGAGGGUGCACCGCGUGUGGGUGGUGGACCAGCAGGAGCAGCCCUCGCCCAUGCCCUCGCCGCGCAUCCCCUCUACAAGCAUCUUCAAGGACAACUUAGAAGACCAGGGUCACUCUGGCAACGGCAAGCCGAAGGCGCACGCUGCUACAGUGCUCCCGGCUAUAGAAGAGGACAAACCGGCUGCAGCGGAGGAAGGUCCGGGUGUAGCGGCAGGGGAAGAGGGAGCGAGACUCGCUGCUGCUAGCCUCUUACAUGGUGUAGCUGGGUCGUCUAUGGGAGGGGUUGGAGUAGGAGUAGGAGGGGGAAGUGUGGAGAUGCAUUUGCAGGGGGUGGUGAGCCUUACGGAUAUUCUGCGUAUUGUGCGCGUGCUGCCCAUUGCCAGUCUCUCCUCUUCUCAGCUGGGGGAUCUGGGGAAGGAGUUGGAUGUGCAGGAGGGAGGGGAGGGGAAAGAGGAGGAGUUGGAGGGUUGGGAGAUGGGUGGAGGGGAGUUCCUCACUCCUGAUUGGAGCAUUGCGCCCGGGUCGCUGCUGGAUUGGUGGCCGAAAAUGAGCAAGUCUUCAUCGGUUGGCGCUUGA